AUGUACUCCACACUCUUCAUUGUUUCUUUGGCCUCUUACGGCUUGGCUAUCCCACUUCUACCUCCAAUUGCUGGCGCGGGCGCUGCUGCGAAUGCUGGAGGAAGCAUCAAAGGUGUUCCUGUUAUAGACCGAAUUCUUCCUGCAGGAACGACAGUAGGUAAGUAGUCGAUUUGCACGAAAAUUCCACCAGAGCCACAUGACAUUCAUGUCCUUAGGGAUGAAAGUAUCGCUAAUCUCUCUUUGCAGGAUUUUCAACCGAAAUCUCAAUUCCAACGGACCUCGCACGUAUCGGAAGACCAUUGGGUGAGUUUCCGAGAUAACUCUAUCAUUUCAAUUCUUUUCAAGGGCGUCUCGGCUAUCAAAGAACGUGGCUGAUAUAUAAUAGACCCAGCUCUCCCAACAGGCCUUCCAUUGUCGCUUCCAACUGGCCUCCCCAUAGCUCUUCCAACGGGUCUCCCAACUGGCCUCCCCUUAGCUCUCCCGGCUACUCUCCCUCUCGGUAGAUCCGCACCCGCACCAGCACCCGCGCCGGUACGCCAAGGGCGAGUUGCAAGCCCCAACACAGCGGGUAAGUGACCCAACUAUCCCAUUACUUCUUACCAUACUUCUGACACGGAUCUAGUCGCCGAUGCCCCAAUUCAACCAAUGACGGACGCAAUUGGAAGUUUCGCCGCUACUCUACAAACAGUCAGGGACCUUCUGAAUCAACUUUUGGUAGCCACCACUGUCGUUGACAUCCUACGCCUGGCAAACCAAGCAAAGGCAGCUAUCGAAGCAGGCCUUGCUGCACAAGUCACUCUUGGGGGUAUCACUGCUAGGGCUGGAAUUGGAGCGAGUGCUCACAUCGGAAAACGAGCCUUGCCAGCGGUUCCAGCACAGGAUGUUCUCCAAGCAGUUUUGGGUGGGAUCGUGGCAAUCAUCGCCAAUCCAAAUCCAGCUACCGUCAGAGCCAGAGUUGAAGUUUUGAUUAGUGCUUUGUAAGAAGAGUUGCGGGAAAAGUUUGACGGGUCUUUUGCUAAUCAGAAUAUAGGCAAACACAGGUCUUACCAGCUGCGGGUGAGCUGAUUGGCGGUGCCAUAGGUGUUGUGCUCGGUCUCGGAGGCAGUGUUCUUAACAUUUUAGGCGGCGGUGGUGCUGGGGGACUUGGAGGUUUAACUGGUGCUGCGGGGGGUCUCACCGGCGCAGCUGGAGGCCUAGGAGGUCUUACAAACACCGCUGGAGGUUUGACUGGCGCUGCUGGAGGUUUGACUGGCGCUGCUGGAGGUUUGACUGGCGCUGCUGGAGGGUUGACUGGCGCUGCUGGAGGUUUGACUGGCGCUGCUGGAGGUUUGACUGGCGCUAAUGGAGGCCUCACUGGCGCUGCCGGUGGACUUGGUGGCCUCACAAACACUGCUGGAGGGUUGACUGGCGCUGCCGGCGGACUUGGAGGUCUCGCAGGUGGGUUGGGAGGCCUCGGUGGCAAAGGAAAAUAA